UGACAAGUCACUUCGAAUUCUGGUACCCUUCAAAUUUAUGAAGCAUAAAAAGAGAAAUGUUACACCAAAUAAUAUGGAUCACAGAUGCCUAUUUGGUUCUUUGAAGGGCGACAUAAAUAUAAAAUUUUAUGUGUUUUGAAAGCAAUAAAUUAUACAAGAUGUCAUUGAUUGUACCCAAGCCAGUGAGAAAGAAUCAUAGCAGGUAGAAAAGCUACAGUUUUAAGGCUAACUUAAAAAUAUAAUAUUAUUCAAAAUUAACACUUGAUUUCAAUAAAUUCCUGCUCUAAGGCCAGUUUGUUUUUUUCUAAUGAAGUAAAUAAAAUAAAAAUAUUCUUUAUUGGGUAUGUGGGCAAUCUAACUCCCAUUGCUGUUGAAGACAUUUUACUUUUGAAUGGGGAUGAUGAGGACUUGAAUGGCAAUGAAGGUUUUGGUUCGGAAUCGGAGUUUAAAUUAGAGAAUAUGAUGUUCGAAUGGUCCUUACUACUAUCUAUUUGUGUUACUAAUAUAAUAUAUGCAUUCGGAGAUAAAUGAGAAGGAAAUUUUUGUGCCAUUAGGCAUUGUUGUAUCGACAUGUAUUAUGAAUCACUGAUAAAUACAUGAUUGUACAAUGAUUCACAAUUUUUUUAAUCAUCAAACAUAUUAUUUAUGAGUAAUGAAAACUGAAAAGUUUUUUAAUCAUUCUCUUAUCACGUUCUUAAAGAUUGUGCAAUAAUUCAAGAUUGCUGUAACCGCACAAUAAUUGUAUAGGUACAUGAUAAGAAUUUUGCAUAGAGAACAGCUUGGAGGUCAAUUAUGAAAUUGCAGUGAUGAAAUUCUCAAUAAAAUAAUGGAAGAAAUUUCUUUGGAAAAUUAAAGCAAACACAUCAAAAUGUCCAUCGGUGUGCCAAUUAAGGUCCUCCACGAAGCGGAAGGGCACAUAGUGACCUGCGAAACUAUUACCGGCGAAGUUUACAGAGGAAAACUUAUCGAAGCCGAAGAUAAUAUGAAUUGCCAAAUGACUCAAAUCACUGUGACUUACCGGGACGGCAGAGUAGCUCAGCUAGAAAAUGUUUACAUUAGAGGUUCGAAAAUGAGAUUUUUAAUACUGCCGGAUAUGUUGAAAAAUGCUCCUAUGUUUAAGAAGCAAACUAAGGCUGGGGUGGCUGGGAGAGGAAAAUCUGGGAUACUUCGAGCUCAAGUGGCAAGAGGUCGUGGAAGGGGUGGUCCGCCUCAAAGAGGCAGAGGAAAUGCUCCUUGGCAGCAGCAAGUCAGCGCAGGUGGCAGAGGCAGAUAGUUUCCUACAUAUUCUUAAGGUUUUUUUUUUGUACAUAAGUAUUAAAGGAAAGUUCAGUCUAAUUUGGGGAAUAUUUAAUAAGAAAUUUGUUUUGUCACUUCAAUAAAGGUCAGUUAGCAAAUAAAUAAAAUUUCCUAUUGAUGUUUAUUUAGACUUAAUUGAUAAACUAAUAAAACUUGUAUUGAUGAUACAAUAAAGAAAUAUUACUUUCCUAAGAUUUUUUUCAUUUCUUUAUUUUGUUGUAAAAUUUUAAUAUCUACUUCCUCAGUUUUCCUUGCUAUGUCGCUUAUCAAAAUGUUUUGAUCAUCAAUUUCCUCACCGAUAUCAGUAGCAA